AACCAUGAAAAUAAAAGAGAAAAAAAUUAAAAAAGUAACAACAGCGAAGAAAAGUAAAAAGUCUGUGAAAAGUAAAGAUCUAGGCCAGGUUACGACGGAUGAAUUUUUCGAUGAUGAUUUUCAAGUCGAGGACGACGAGGAUGUCGAAGCCGAACAUGAUUCCGAUAGUGGAGAGAGUGAGUUAGAUCCUAAGGAACACAAAAAGGCUUUGAAGAACUUGGCAAAUACCGAUCCAGAGUUUUAUAAAUUUUUGGAACAGAAUGACAAAAAACUGCUGGAGUUUGAAGACUCAGAGGACGAGAAUGAGCGAGCUUCUGAUCAAGAUGAUGAUGAUGAUGAUGAUGAUGGCAUUCAUGUCCCAGAUGGAAACUUAGCUGGCAACAGUGACGAAAGUGAUUACGAAGAAACUGAAGUUAUAAAAAAUCAAAUUCAAGGGCGUGUUAAAGUGACUUUGAAGUUAAUUAAAAAAUGGCAGGAAGAUAUUCAAACCGAUAAGUCAAUGCAAACGAUGAAAUGUAUCGUUGACGCUUUCCACGCAGCACUUUUGACAGUCGCUGAUCCAGAAGAGUCUAAAAAUGUCGAGUAUAAAGUCGAGGGAAGCGCUGCUUUCAAUGGAGUCGUUCAAUUGUGUGUAAUGAAUUUACCCACGGCAUUCAAGAAAUUUUUAAAAAUGACAAAUGAAUCAAAAUUUGAAGCUCACAAGUGCAAACGUUUCGGAAAAGUGAAAGGAAUAUUGAAGCAAUAUUUAAAGGAUUUACUCCAAAUCCUUGAGAAUGUGACAUCAACAGAUGUCCAAGUAGUGUUACUGAAACAUUUACAUCAGAUGAUAUGUUUCACUGGUUCAUUUUCGUCAUUGAAUAAACCACUGCUGCGUAUUUUACUUCGAUUUUGGUCUAGUGGAGAAGAAACUGUCAGAAUUGUUGCGUAUUUGAGUAUUAUUCAAAUGGCGACCAGCCGCAAAGAGUCUAUUCUUGAUAAUCUUUUCAGGACAAUGUACAUCAAAUACGUUGAAAAUUCUAAAUUUGUUUCACCGAAUUCAAUGCCAGGAAUAAAUUUCAUGAGACGCUCGUUAGCUGAAAUUUAUAUGCUUGAUCAGAAUCUAGCUUACAAUCACGCAUUUUUGUAUAUACGCCAACUUGCCAUUCAUUUGAGAAAUGCAUUGACACUUAAAAAGAAGGAAUUAUUUCAAGCUGUUUACAACUGGCAGUACAUAAACUCACUGCGAUUCUGGUGUCAAAUAAUGUCACUAUCAAAGAAUGGAUCUAUGCUUCGUUCGCUGUUGUAUCCAUUGGUGCAAAUAAUCACCGGAACAAUAAAACUAAUUCCUACCGCACAAUACUAUCCUUUGAGAUUCCACUGCUGCCAGAUGUUAAUUAAUCUAUCCAAAGAAACAGGUACUUUCAUCCCCAUCCUACCGUUCCUAUUGGACGUAUUAAACACCUACGACUUCAACAAGAAGCACCAGAGAUCUCAAAUGAAGCAUAUGUCAUUUAUGUGCCUGCUAAGAGCAUCCAAAAUACAGUUAAAGGAAAGCAAUUUCAAGAAUGCUAUUGUUGACGAUAUUUAUCAACUGAUACUCGAGCAUGCUGCUAACGAAAGUCAUUCUAUUUAUUUUUCUGAUUUAUACGUGCCUUGUACCAUGCAGAUGAAAGUCUUCUUGAAAAAAUGUAAAGUCGCUAAUUUCUGCAAGAAAAUCAAGCAGCUGCUAGAUAAAAUUCAAGAAAACCGGCAGUUCGUAGAAACAGAGCGCAAUAAAGUAGUGAUAAAUCUGAGCGACUUAAACACCAUAAAAAACUUUGAAAAUCAGCUCAAAGUGAUUCAAUCGCCUCUGUCGAAAUUCUACGAGUCCUGGUAUAAAUUACACUUGUCUCAGAAGUUAAAAUUCAUGACCAACAACGAUGAUUUAGGUGAUUACAAUUUACCGAGCUUAAAGUCCCGUAAGAGGCUCAAUGACAGUGAUAAUGAUCAUGACAGUGACCUGGAUAUGGCGGUUGAGGAAAUGAAUGAGUUGUUGGAGAAGCAAGCCACCAGAAAAAAUAAAACCAAGAAAAUUAAAAUUUCCCAUAAGAGUAACGAGGUUGAUGAAACAGCUAAUGAUGUUGUAAAAGACACCAAGAUUGAUGAUUGGGACUAA